CAGACGUUACAUUUUGUAACACAUUUCCCUUAACCGUAGAGUUUUGUUGUUUCAUAUUCCUUUUGAGAACAUUCGCACAACCAGCUUUUCCUUAGUUGGAAAUAAAAUGAAAAUGUCUGCUUGAAGCAUUACUGUGCUGCUGUUAUGUAAAUCCACGCAAGCAUAGUGACUUUUAUCCCAUACGAUUGAGUAUAUUGUUGUCUCGGAUUUAUUUGAAUUUUCUAUCGGCAUGUGUACUCUUCUGUCGACAGUUCAAUUACGUUUCCAUACCUACAAUUUUACUUAUAAAAUUAUAGUUUCCCGAAUCAAAAUUGUUCACAGUUGUACUUUGUAAUUUCUUAAAUUCUCAGUUGACUUCUGAAAAUUUUAUUUGUCUGGUUUAUUUUAGCUUUUUCCAGAAGCAACUUUAAAAACUCAGUCAGAUUGUCAUUGGGAAAAAAUUGCUUCGCAGUCUCGUAAGUUCAUUGAAGUGGAAACGGCGGACGAGAAAAAAAGCAGUGGAAUACAUGGCCUCAAAACGCGCAACGCUAUGUGAUGUCGGUACAAAAACCGAGAGAACUUCAAGUUCCAGUAAAUCUCUCCCAAAUAUAGCUAUAGGUCAAAAAAAUUUCACCAGUCGAGAAGACGAGUCAGUCAGCGAAUUGAACGAUGUCGAGCAAAAAAAACUUGUUCAUGUCGAACCCACAAAUAAUGCGACUAACAUAAACGUGAUAGAAAGCAAUAACUCAGAUUGUACGCGGUUGAAACCCAAAAGCAAAGAUCUAGUACGGUCUAAUUCCAGUCCAGCUAGAGUGUCCUUCACAAAAGGAAAUUCUGAUCUGAAUAAAUUUGAAAUUCAGAAGAUAAAACUCGCGCGGGAGCUGGAUAAUUUGGAGAUUCACUGGCCAGGAGGCGGUAAAAUUAAGUUCAACGACCAUGAUUCCUUGAAAAAGUUCAUGGAAAGCCAGUAUCCAGACUGGAAAAACUCUGGACAAAAAACUUCGAUACCGUGUGUCCGAAUGCCUCGAAUGAUGAUACGAAACGAGCAGUUGAGUAAAAAACUGCAAGCGUGUUACAAGUCACAUCAAAAAGGCGAAAUAGGUGAGAGUAAAAUAUACAAACUGUUUGUUAACGAAGUGAAAACUGAUGAUUCCGGCAUCUUGAUUUUUCCAAAUGUUGAUGGAAGUCACUAUUUUAAAAAAGGGGGCCCUGGAAGUGUGGAAAUUGACAUGAUAGUUGCACACCCAACGAAAGGCAUAUUCGUUUUUAACGUGAAAAACGAGCGAAAUCCAAAGAUUCAGGACCUGAAAUCGGACAUGCAAAAGCACUCUGAUUUCGUGCGCUACUUAAUGUGUUACAACUGUCGUCCUGAAACUUCAUCAAACUAUAUCACUGGUGACUUCAAAGAAACUAAUCAAGUUCCGAUCCAUGCAGUCUUUUGCCUCAUUCCUGAUAUUAAAUGCCCAAUUGACAAACUGGCCGAGGACAUCAAGUGGUACACUCAAGGUCACAGUGAUCGACAGUUUGAUCGUGUUAUAGUUUUUCGACAUUCUCAUUUGUUCAACAAUUUCUCAGAGCACUGGGAAGAAACAGUUCGCGCACUCCCGUGCAUAGAAAAAUCCGACAAAUUUGAUGCACUCAUUGCCUUAUUAUCUGCUCUGAGUUCAAUGACAGGAAACAGCGCUCUUAUACAUCACAGAAUUGCCUCUAAUGACAUGCAAUCUAUUCAAGUGAAAACAAAUAAUCUAGAUGAUUGGUAUGAAAAGCAACUUGAAGAGACUUCUUUAGACGAAGGUGAAAAAUCAAAUCUCAUACGCUACAAUAAGGAACUUUGUAAAAAGUCAAGGGGACAAAAAACAAAGGUCAUUCUUUGGACAAAAGAACAGUUGGACAUAAUUGGCAGAGUUUUCAAAAGUCUGACAGAUCCUUCAAGCGAGAACAAACCUCUACGCUUAAACGUUAAAGGAGCAAAAGGAUCUGGAAAGACAAUGCUUAUGGUUUACUUAGCUCAAUUGGCUAAGCACAUAUUUCAAGAUCGACAAUCAAAGAGCAAGGUAGUUUUAUGUGACUUAACUUCAGAUGGAGCUCCAAUUCUGUUUUCAAACUUGAAACAGACGUUGGAUGGAUCAGGUAUUGAAUUUUGGACGAAACUCGAUGUCUCCGAAAAAAUUGAGAGUCAGGAUAUUAUCUUCUUCGACGAAGAUCCCUUGAAGUACAUUUCGACGCGAAACCUGGUGCAAAUUUGUUCCGUCAAAGGCGCUCACAUGUGUCUUUUCUCAUCGGUUGAGAUAGCUUACUUGGACGACAAACUGGCCCCCGAAUUUAAAAAUUUGUUUCUAUUACAUGCAAUGAGAUCUACAAAACGAGUUCAGACUUUUUCAAGUAAUGUUUACAAAAAUAUGACCAGCACCAGUGUUCAAUAUGAAAUUAACUGUUCACCGACUCAUAGUCUAGAUGGGACAAACACGCCUAAUGUUAUUUAUGUCAAAGCAACAAUUGGUUCUGAAAAUGAGUCUUUUUUCCAAACAAGUGUUGAGACAGUAAUGAAGUACACUGAUUUUUCACUAGGUAUGUCAAGAACUCUUGUAGUAAUCAACUUUCUGCCUCCAAAAAGCCAAUUUAAAUUCAUCUCCUUUUUGAAAACAAGACAAAUUUCGUUGCGUUCUUUUUCUUAUGACUUAGAGCAUGACGAAAGCAAAGCCAAUUUACCAAUCAUUCAGGUGGAGUCAACCUACAAUAUCAGCGGAAGCGAGUUCGGAACUGUAGUUAUUUUGCUGGGAAAAAAAGUGAUCUCACCUCUUACUCCUUGGAUAGUCUCACCUCAAGCCAAGUUUUUAAACGAAUUUUACAAGACAGUAACUCGUGCAACGACCAAUUUGGCCAUUGUUGCAUCAGACAUAUCACUUUACACGUCUACCCUUGACGAAAAGGAGAUUUCGGAUGCAGUUCGUAUUUUACGCAUCAGGAGUUUUCAAGUAUUGAGAAGUGAACUCUCCAUGUAUAUCAAGCCUUUGUUAGAGAUGCUUUGCGAAAAAAACAGUAUUGCAGUGCUUUUUGGCGUUAUUCCGGAAAUGGAUUGCUUAAAGGAGACAUCAUUGGCCGAACAAGAACUAAGUUCGAGCUCAAUGAAGCACUACUCAUUCAAUGCAGACAAGACAGUCGUUGUAUUUUCAAACUUGGCAGAAGGCUAUUCAACGGAAACGUUAGAAUGGCUCGGUCAGAAGAACGUUUCUGUUUUUAUAGUUGUGAUGGGGAAUAUCAUGGACUACCUUGCUGAGAGUAUGCUUCGUCCAUCAUUUGUAGAAAAGCAUACCGCUUCGUUCAUAAAAUUGAAUUGCUUUACAGAGUACUUGAUUGACCUAAGUGACUUCCUUCAAUGUCUCAAACAGCUGACACAUCCCGAUUGCAAGACCCCUUUUAGAAAACCCAUUUAUUUAGAGAAAACAACGGAGGCUGAUGAGUUCCAGUGCACUUGGAGAGAUCUGAAAGACGUGGUAGCCCUAGUAGAAAGUACUGCUGACAAAAUUAACCAAUACGAACUGAUGGAGUUCUACACUAGAGCGCUCGGUGUACUUUUCCGAGAGCACAGUCAACAACUAAAACGUGGCGACCGAGAGCAAGAGAAAGCUUUAAGGAGAGAGGCGUCCAAUAUGCUCCUUAAUUGUUUCAAAAUAUAUUACGAGGCGGCAAGGGUCACUGGGAAAGAUCUAUAUCAGGUUUACUACCAACUUUUGAUUCACAGUGUGACCUAUUUAAAACUUUCGGUUAGUUCUAACACGGCAAACCUUAUGGGUUAUAAAGCACUCAUCGAUGUGUGUACAAAUUCGAUUGAAGAACUAAAAAAUCUGCAAAAACGCCGCCACUUUGAAAAGCCAGUGGAUUUAAACAGUUGUUCUAAUAACAAAUUUCCAGAAGGAUGUAGUAAUAUUUUUGGAGUGGGUGACGAUUGCUUGAAACAAUUCAAAUCAAUUCAAGAAAACGAACUGAUUAUACUUUACAGCAACGUUCAUCAGACAUCUGAUCAAUUGAAGGAGAAAUUAAGCACUGUGGAUUCAGUAAUCCAAGAAAGGAGAGAGGAAAUAGUUCAUCUGUUUGAUGAAUGUCGAGAAAAUUCAAACAACGAGUCAAAAUCUGUUUUGGCAGAGAAGGGGAAACAAAUAAACGACAAAAUCAUGGAAGCCGCAAUUUACUGUAAAGAGAAUUCAACUGCUCUCAACAAUUACUAUUUUCAUCUGCACGCAGUAGAUUUUGCCAGCAAUGGAUUAAGUUUUGAUUCCUCCAACCCACAGAGCUAUGAUAUUCUGAUCAACAUAUUUCAAACGGAGAAGGACGAAGCAGUUAAAAAAAGAGAUAAAUAUUUGAACGAAGAAACCGUUUUUCGCUUUUCUUUUGGUUGAAGAUUUUUUAGGACCAUUAUAGAUGAGAUUCUUCAAGCGCGAUCGAAUCUAUUUCAAAAAGAUUAGUUGAAAUUGUACAACAUUUGCAUUUUUUUUUCUGGCUAAUUUGUAAAUUCAAAGAGUAUUACCGCACCAAAAUCUAACAUUGAAUUAGAUCUUGUUGAUUUUUCCCCUCCCUAUAAAGUAAUAGGUAAAAAUUUUCCACUUCUAUGAACGAUUACUCAUCGUGUAAGCGAACAAGUAGUUCUUUAACCUAGUAAAUAAGCCUUUCUUUGCAUUAAAAAGAAUAGUUAAACAAAAUUCGAAUUCAAAGAUCUAAUAUUUAAAUUAAAUGUCCUUUAAAAACAACUUUAAAAUUUAACUUUAAAGAACACAUUGACCAUAUUGACUCCCUCAGUUCAAGUCUUGAAAGAUAUUUUAUCUCCGGUCAAUUUUAGUUAGGUUCUGGGAGUUUGAAAGUUGCCAAAUUGGCCAUGCUCUGGACUAGUUUAUGCGCUCUUUGAAAAAUUUAAUUUGGUUGUAUUAAUUUCGUACGACUCAAAUUUCACACAAUGUUGUUUGAUAUUGUCCAAAAUAUAUAGCUUUUCAAAAAAUUCUCUACCAAAAACUAUUCGAUAUUAAUUUAGGGGCAGCCGGAACAAUCAGGUUUUUGCCUUGAUAUACAAGAGGAUUAGUUUGAUUUUACUUUUAUAAUCUCGCUAAUUUGUAUACCCGAAAACUAUUUACGACCAAACAUUCUAAUAUUGAAUUAGAUUUAGUUGACUCUGAGUUAUAAGGGAAAAUUUUCUACCACUAUGAACGAAAAUUUCAUUGGCUAAGCAUGCACAUUUUUAAUAACUUUAUAAGUAUUCCCGCUUUUGCAGUAAGGGGAAUACUUAAAAAUUUGAAUCAAAAGAUCCGUGUUUAAAAUUUGAAUUAAAUAGACUUAUGGCUUUCAAGAAAUAAUUGUUGGAAUUUGCAUUUUUAUGUUUGCUAAUUUGUAUAUUCCAAGAGUAUUUACGAGCCAAAAUGAAGUGUUGAACUAGAUAAUGUUGACUAUUCCCCUCCAUGUAUAGUAAAAAGGAAAAACUUUGCACCUCUAUGAGCGAUUGAUCCAUCGGUUAAGCGUGCACGUUUUUCUAUGAUUUUGUAACUAAUCCCCCUUUGCAGUAAGGGGAAUAGUUUAAAAAAGUCGAACUCAAAGAUCCAUUCAAUACUUUAAUUAACUCUACUUAUGGCUCUCUUGAUGUAAUUUUUUGAUUUUAUCUAAAUCUAACCUUAAUUUGAAUUAAAUGUAUAAAUGGCCUUCUUGAUAUAUUUGUGCGAUUUUUCAUUUAUAAUCUUGGUCAUUUGUAUAUUCAGAGAUUAUUAACGAAACAAUAUCUAACAUUGAAUUAAAUCUUGUUGACUAUUUCCCCUCCCUAAAUGGAAAUAGCGAAAUACUUUCCAAUCUAUGAACAAAUAAAUCAUCGGUUAAGCUUGCAUUUUUUGUUUAACCUUGGUUGUAAUCCCCCUUUGAAGUAAAAGGACUAGUUAAAAAGGUCGAAUCCAAAGAUCCAACUUUGAAGUUUGAAUUUUAAGUGCUUAUAAUUUUCUUGUUAUAAUUGCUUUAAUUUAAGCAAGAGCCCAAAACAGCCAGUAUUUUGUCAACAGGUCGUACUGUUGCAUGUCUUUGAGGUCCACUAGCUUGUCUCUGUAGACUCGUCUGCUCUCAUGCACCCACAUCCUGCUCAUUUCAUUCUUACCCGUCAGUGCCUCC